UUCGUAUUCUACAACUCUCUCUUCCCUCCAUCAACUGCAUCAUUUCGUCUUUCUCUCUCUAUCAAUGGCGGCCGACCGAUUGAAGUUGAGGACAGCACAUGACCCGACAACUGGUCCCGAACCAAGUUCAUAUCCAGACCCGGAAAAUGCAACCGCGGAAAAACCUAAAAGAGCGGCGGUGGUGGAUUUAGGCAAUGGGAGCCAGGUUUUACACAUGCCGCGAUUCAUUUCAUACGAAGAUUCAUGGAAUUAUUUCGAUUACCUGGACAAAAACAUCCCUUGGACCCGACCCACCAUCCGCGUUUUCGCCCGAUCGCAUCUCCAGCCAAGAGACACGUGCUAUGUUGCAAGUGAAGGAGUGGCCCAACUAGCAUACAGUGGGUAUAAGCCUCAUGCUUAUUCCUGGGAUGAAUUCCCUCUCCUCAAAGAAAUCUUGGAUUUGGUCCACAAAGCUGUUCCCGGAAGCAGUUUCAACAGCUUGUUACUGAAUAGGUACAAAGGAGGCAAUGACUAUGUCGGUUGGCACGCCGAUGAUGAGAAACUCUACGGACCCACUCCCCAAAUUGCUUCGGUUUCGUUUGGUUGCGAACGUGAUUUUCUCUUGAAGAAGAAACCAACUAAAAGUACUCUUCAAGCCAACUCAGCUAGAGGAAACGACUGUGAACAACCAGCUAAAAGAUCAAAGAAGCUCAAAAAUAGUGAUCAACAUAGUUUUGUAUUGAAGCAUGGCUCACUUCUGGUAAUGAGUGGCUACACCCAACGGGACUGGCUCCACUCGGUCCCUAAACGUGUCAAAGCGGACUCGGUUCGAAUUAACCUUACUUUCCGACGCAUUUUAUUUUGAAAUUUCUGAUGUAACUUGUAUAUAGUAAUUACUUUUUAUGUAUCAACUCAUGCUUUUUUUUUUUUUUUUGGAACAAUCUUUGAUUAAAUACAAACCUGACUUUGUCUGAUGA